AUGGUGAAGGUGUACGGGCAAGCAAAGAAGAGGUGGUCUCUUGACUCGUCUCUUUCGCCACAGAACCCGCACGGUCUUAAUACUCCCCAAGCUCGCAUGCGUACUCCCCUAAGAAAGGCAGCAAAAGAAAGUUUAAGGGAGUCUCCACGAGAAAAAGUCAAUCUUCUGUCCAAAUCCGACACCGACUACAUUCCUCUCGAUCUCCAGAUUGAGACACUCUUAAGAUUACCAGUAAAGUCUUUAUUGAGAUUUCAAUGUGUCUCCAAGCUUUGGUCCUCUAUCAUCACCAGCCAAGAUUUCAGAAACCGGCAACUGAAUUUUGCUGCUUCCUCAGCUCCUUCUCGUCUCCUCAUCACUUUUUAUGACUUUCUCGGAAAAGUGAUUCUGUUGUUCUCGUUGCCUUACCCAAACGUAUCUUCCUCUUCCCCUCCUUCACGUUUGGUACGCUAUAAAGAUCUUAGCCUAUUCAAACUCCAUGGGAGAAAGGUAUAUAAUGCGGUUCGCGGAUUGAUAUGCAUUGGAAGUAAACGGAAAGUGGGGAUUUGUAACCCUAGCACGAGGCGGCUCCAUGUUCUUCCCCAAAUCAAACACAAAGAUCCUCCUAUCAAUUUGGAUGUUGAUCCACGUUGUAACUAUUUUUUAGGGUACGAUCUUGUUGGAGAUCAGUACAAAAUUCUCGCUGUUGAUAACUGGCGUUGGAGUUUGGAACAGAAGGUUGUGGUCUUAGGAGGAGAAAGAGUUUGGAGAAAGGCUCCAUGUGCUAAAUGUCCUCAUGUUUCUCGAACCCCGGCCCUGUAUAUGGACGGAACACUAUACUAUGGGGCCAAUAGAAGAGGCAUGAAUAAUAUUUCUAUAAUUGUUAGUUUCGAUGUUAGGCUUGAAACGUUGAAAAGCAUCAAAAUACCGGUGAUUUUAUGAGGAUAUGUGGGAUACAUAUAAAACUCUGAUGAACUAC